AUGCUCGUGUUCGCACUGGGCGCUCUCCCGCGCUCGCUCGUCGUCCACCCCUGGAUCCCUCACCUCGCCCUCGCCGUCCCCGCCUGCGUCGCAUCCACCGCCGUCGCUCUCUCCCUGCCUGCGACGCGAACACAGCCAAUCCAACUGAACGACGACCAAGACGACAAGGCAGACGACGCAGCGGAAAAGGACACCGAAGUCGACCCGGACCACUUCUACCCGCACUUGAGGCGCACGAAGAAGGCGGCUGCGUGUGUCGUCUUGACCGCCUUGUUGGCGCUCGAGUUGUUCCGGGUCGGGUGGGAACCGCUUGCGUUCGGGCGGUACGGAUGGCGGGACUGGGUCGAGCGGGCGGCGAGGGUCGUCUUCUGGACUGUGACCUUUGCCCUCUCCCUCCUCUCCUUCCCGCACCCGAUUCCCGCCUCGCGCGCCUCGCUCAAAACCCACUGGCGCCUCACCGUCCUCCUCUUCACCCUCACUUCCGCCUUCCUCGCCCUCACUCUCCUCCGAUGGCUCCUCCCGCGCUCAACGGGUCUCUCCCUCCUCCCUCCUCGCGAAUCGUACGGCUCCCCUUCGUACGCCGCUCAAAUGGCCAUCCUCCUCGCCUCGACAUCACUCCAACUCGCCGCCUUCCUCCUCCUCGGAACGACCCCUCACUCCGCACCCCUCAUCCAUCCCUCGCACACCCCCGCGAAACCCAUAAUCACCCUCCCCUCGACCUCCCCACUCUCGCUCCUCCUCUUCUCAUGGAUCUCUCCCGUCCUGCAUACCUCUUACACCAGCGCGGAACCGAUGGACGAAGGAACCCUCCCGGCGAUUCCAGCAGCGGACCGCGCCCCGAACGCUUGGAGGAAGAUCAAAGAGUCGAAGGAGUUGAUGCACAAGGCGCCGAGGGGUUGGAAUCCGUUGCUUUGGAGGAUCGUGGUUGUUAAUCGCAGGUUGUUCUUCUGGCAGAUCAGCCUCUCGGUAAUCAACGCAGUGCUCUACUACGUCCCUGCCUUCUUCCUCCAACGCCUAGUCCUCUUCCUCGAAGAGCGCCCUACCAGCCCAGACCAGUCCCUCCAGUGGGGCUACGUCUACUGCGUCGGGCUACUCGUGGGAGCGGUGGUGGAGAGUCUCGUUAGUGGACAGUUGUGGUUUGUCUCGAAUUCGAUGCUCUCCACCGGUAUUCGAGUCCAACUCAACACCCUGAUCUUUGACAAGACCCUCCGGCGGAAAGACAUCUCUGCCCCUUCCACUUCCUCCCCGUCUUCCCCGAAUUCGAACGACUCGAACGACGCUGACGAGGGAGACGACGACGAAGAGGAAGAGGCGAAGGAAGGAACGGGAGGCUUCAAGACUAAGAGCUCGUUGACGAACCUGUUUGCGAUCGACUCGGAGCGGGUGGCGGACUUUGCGACUUGGGCUUUCUCGUGCUGGGACGCCCCAAUCGAGAUCUUCAUCGGCACGAUCUUCCUCUACUCCUUGAUCGGCUACGCGGCGCUCAUCGGUAUAGCUGUGGCGGUCUUGUUCUUGCCGCUCAACAAUUGGGCUUCGAGUCAGUUCAUGACGACGCAGGAUAAGCUCAUGGCCACCCGCGACCGCCGCGUCUCGCUCAUGAACGAAGUCCUCGGCUCGAUCCGGAUGAUCAAGUUCUACGCUUUCGAGCGGCCGUUCGAGAAGCGCAUCCUUGAUGCCAGGAGGGACGAGUUGAAGACGCUCAGGUGGAACUAUUUCCUCGAGGUGUCGUUCCAGGGAAUUUGGUCCAUCUCGCCUAUACUCUGCAUCCUCGUCUCGUUCUGGGCCUACACCUCCCCGCUCCUGAUGAACCGCCAACUCACGCCCUCGACAGCCUUCACCGCCCUCUCAGUCUGGAACGAACUCCGCUUCGCCCUAAACGUCGUACCGGACGUCCUUCAGUCCGCGCUCCAGUCGCUCGUUAGUCUGCGCAGGAUCGAAAAGUUCCUCCGCAUGCCGGAGAUUGAGCAUUUGCAAGGGAUGGACGUGCCGGUUUCUGCUGAGGGUGGAGGAGCGGGCGUGACGGGACUCGAGACGGACGGGUCGGACGAGCGCGUCGCGUUCGACCAUGCGACGGUCACGUGGCCUCAACACGAGGACGAAAAGGACGACGACGAGGAGGACGAGGGCGCGCAGAAGCCGUUCGAGUUGCAGGACUUGACGCUCGAGUUUCCGAAGGGCGAGAUGUCGCUUAUUUGCGGCAGGCUCGGUAGUGGAAAGACGUUGUCGCUCCUUGCCCUCCUCGGCGAAGUCGACGUCCUCUCCGGCUCGGUCCACUGCCCGCGCUCGCCGCCGUCCGCCAUCGCCCUCCCCUCCCUCGACUGGGACGCCUACCUCACCGAGGAGAACUGGAUCGCCCCCUCGCACACCGCCUUCGUCCCGCAACAAGCCUGGCUCAUGAACGACAGCGUGCGGAACAACAUCCUCUUCGGCCUGCCGUUCCGCAAAGAACGGUACGAGAAAACCCUCGCGGCGUGCAGCUUGACGAGCGACUUGGCCAUCCUCGAGGACGGCGACAGCACCGAGAUUGGCGAGAAGGGCAUCAACCUCUCUGGCGGACAGAAGGCGCGCGUCUCGCUCGCUCGCGCUGUCUACUCUCGCGCUGGCAUCCUCCUCCUCGACGAUGUUCUUUCGGCUGUCGAUGCGCACACCGCCGCACACAUCUACGAGCAGUGCCUCAAGGGCCCGCUACUCAAGGGCCGCACGGUGAUCCUCGUCUCGCACCACGUCCAGCUCACCGCGCCCGGAGCAGGCUUUGUUGUCUCGCUCGAGAACGGCCGCGUCGCCUUCUCCGGCUCGUCGAGCGAGUUCUUCGAGUCGGACGGCUACAAGGCGAUCGCUGGCGACGACAAGGAUGCGGCGGACGAGGAGCCGAAAGCGGACGGCGUGCUCUCGACCUCGCCCAAGAAGCCGUCCGUCCUCUCGACCUCGCCGCGUAAACCUGCGACAUUCCUCCCGCCCAACGCCGGCAAGCCCAAGAACAAGACCUUCGCGCAAAUCGUCGCCGAGGGAAACGACUCGACGCCUGCUUCGUCCACCGACGUCACCUCGGCUAGCGAGUCUGGCGAGGAAGACGAGUCCGACUCCGAGCCGCAAGAUCCGACGAUCGAUGGCGACGACCAGAAGAAGGACAAGGUGUCGCCAACAUCGAAGGGCGAGCACAAGCCGCGCAAGCUCGUCGAGGAGGAGACCAGGGCUGUCGGAAAGGUCUCCGCCGACGUGUGGAAGCUCUACCUCGGCUCGAUGGGCGGCCUGUUCUUCUGGAUGUGGUUUGUCGUCGCGUUCGCUGGCGCCAAGCUUGCGGACGUCGCGCAGACGUGGUGGCUCGGAAAGUGGUCCGGAGACGCUGGUCCUGACUCGGCGCACAGCACCAACUACUACCUUAUCCUCUAUGCCAUCCUGUCAGUCUUGGCCGCCUUCGUCGACACCGCCCAGUGGUUCGUCCUUUACGCGGGAACGCUCCGUUCCUCAGCCGUUCUCCACGAACGACUCUUGCACGCCGUCCUCCGCGCACCCCUCCGCUGGUUCGACAGCCAGGCGCUCGGCAGGAUCCAGAAUCGCUUCAGCAAGGAUCUCGAAGGCAUCGACAGCUCGCUGCCCGACAACUUUGGCCGGUCGCUCAUGUACGGCCUCGGCGUCGUCACGACUCUCAGCGUCGUCGCCUCGUCCGCACCGACAUUCCUCCUCGGCUUCGCCCUCAUCUCGGUCCUUUACUAUCGCGACGCCCGCCUUUUCCAGACCUCGGCCCGCGAGUUCCGCCGCCUCGACUCGGUCAGCAAGAGUCCGCUGUUCAGCAUCUACGGCGAGGCGAUCGCCGGCGUCGCCGUCAUUCGCGCAUUCGGCAGCAGUGCCCGGUUCAUGGCGAUGAUGCUCGACCGCGCGACGACCAACGUCACCUUCUACUGGUACCUCUGGGGCACGAACCGCUGGCUGUCGAUGCGCUUCUCGCUCCUCAGCGCGACGGUCGUCGCCUUGACCGGCUACGUCCUUAUCUCGGCAGGCGACAAGGUCGAUGCAGCUCUCGCCGGCUUCACGCUCACCUUCGCCCUCAACAUCUCGAACGACAUCCUGUUCCUCGUCCGGCGCUACACCCAGCUCGAGCUGUCGAUGGUCGGCGUCGAGCGGACAAAGGAGUUCAGCGAGAUCAAGCAGGAGGCCGCCGAGAUCGUCGAACCGCGCCCGCCCGCUCACUGGCCGACCGGCAACAUCGAGGUCAAGAACCUGCACAUCCGCUACGCGCCCGAACUGCCCGACGUUCUCCACGGGUUGACCUUCUCUGUCAAGGCCGGCGAGAAGAUCGGCAUCGUCGGUUCGACGGGGUGCGGCAAGUCGACGCUCGCGGCAUCUUUCUUCCGCUUCGUCGAGGCUCACUCGGGAGCCAUUGUUGUCGACGGCAUCGACAUCUCCAAGAUCGGUCUGCUCGACUUGCGGUCGCGUCUGACGAUCGUUCCGCAAGAUCCGGUCAUCCUCUCCGGCACGCUCCGCUCGACGCUCGACAUGUUUGAGCAGUACGAGGACGCCGAGAUCUUCGACGCCCUCCGCCGCGUCCACCUCAUCCGCGAGGAGGAGCGGCCGGACGAACAAGAAGCCGGCACCAACCGCUCGGUCUUCUGGAACCUUGAUGCUGAUGUCGCCGAAGGAGGAAGCAACUACUCGACUGGUCAGCGGCAGCUGCUCUGCAUGGCUCGUGCGCUGCUCAAGCGGAACAAGAUCCUCUUGCUUGACGAGGCGACCGCUUCGACCGACCACGAGACGGACGAGCUCAUCACCCAGACAAUCCGGGAAGAGUUCGCCGACGCGACGCUCCUCGUCAUCGCACACAGGCUCCGCACCAUCAUCGACUUUGACAAGAUCCUCCUCCUGGACAAAGGCAAGCUGAUCGAGUUCGAGUCGCCCGCCAAGCUCCUCGAAGACCCGACGAGUCGCUUCUACGCUCUCUGCCGCGCGACGGGACGGAAAGAGUUUGCGAUCUUGAAGAAGAUGAGUAAGGGCAAGGCGAGGGUCACGCAUAGGCCGAGAAAGCUUGUACGCCGCUCGACUGCCAAGGUCCCGAAGGCGCAGGGCUCGAACGGCCACGCGUGA